UCUCUCUCUCUCUCGCUCCCCCUCUCUCCGAGGAGAACCCAAAACCCCACACCACGCACUCUUCCCCAUAAACCCCCCCUCUCCUCGGUAACAAAACGCAACCAUCUAUAUAUCUCCAUUACGGCAUCCAAAAGAGAGAGAAAGAGAGAGAGAGAGAGAGAGAGAGAGGGGAACAAUUAAUGAAGAUGGGUGCUAAAGAGGAGGAGGAGGAGAAGCUGGUGGUGGAGGUGGUGGCGGCGCACAACCUGAUGCCCAAGGAUGGGCAGGGGUCGUCGUCGCCGUACGUGGAGGUGGAGUUCGAGCACCAGAAGAGGCGCACCCGCUCCGUGCCCAAGGAGCUAAACCCCGUGUGGAACGAGCGACUCCUCUUCCCCGUCUCCGAACCCGACGACCUACCCUACCGCGCCAUCGACGUCGCCGUCUACAACGACCGAGCCCACGCACACGGCGGCGGCGCCCGCAACUUCCUCGGCAGGGUCCGCGUCCCCGCCGCCGGAGUCCCCGCCCCGGGCGAGGACGCCGUGCCCCAGCUCUUCCCCCUCGAGAAAAGGAGCCUCUUUUCCCACAUCCGCGGCGAGAUCAGCCUUAAGAUAUACCGCACCUACGGCCACGCCCACGCGCCCGCCCAGCAAGUGGGGCUCGGCCCCGGCCCCGGCCCCGGCCCCGGCCCCGGCCCCGGCACCGCCAAAGCCAAGGAGAAAGCCGCGCCGAAGCACCAGAAGCAGCAGCAGCAGCAGCAGCAGCAGCCGCCGCAGCUGCCGCCCGCGGUGGCGGCGCAGCCUCCGCCGCAGCAGCAGCCCUCGGCGGCGCAGAAGCAGCCGCGGCCGCGCCCGGGGCCGGAGCUCUCGGGCCCGGGCCCCGCGGGCGCCAUCAAGCCGAUGAUCCUCGCCACGGGGCCCGCGCUGGGCCCGGAGCCGUACCCCGUCCUCUGCGCCGGCUCCGGGGCGCAGGAGUUCGCGCUGAAGGAGACGCGGCCGCGGCUGGGCGGCGCCGCCGCGGCGGCCGGGGGGCACCGGGACAAGUCGAGCGCGACCUACGACCUGGUGGAGCAGGUGCAGUACCUGUACGUCCGCGUGGUGCGCGCGCGCGACCUCCCGCAGAGCGGCGGCGAGGUCCACGCGGAGGUGAAGCUCGGGAACUACCGCGGCGUCACCCCCCCGGCCCCCGCCUCCGCCGCGCACUGGGGCCAGGUGUUCGCCUUCUCCGGGGACUCCGUCCACUCGUCGGUGGCCGAGGUGCUCGUGAAGGAGCGCGAGCGCGAGGAGUCGAUCGGGCGCGUGGUGUUCGACCUGAGCGAGGUCCCGCGGCGGGCCCCCCCGGACAGCACCCUGGCCCCGCAGUGGUACCGGCUGGAGGACCCCAGCGGCGACCGCCGGGGCGAGCUCAUGGCGUCGGCGUGGUUCGGCACCCAAGCCGACGAGGCCUUCGCCGAGGCCUGGCACUCCAAGGCCGCCGGGGUCCACGGCGACGGCCUCGGCUCCAUCAAAUCCAAGGUCUACGUCGCCCCCAAGCUCUGGUACCUCCGCGUCUCCGUCCUCGAGGCCCAGGACCUGCCCCCGGGCGCCGGGGACAAGGCCCGGUUCCCGGAGCUCUUCGCCCGCGCCAUGGUCGGGGCCCAGAUCCUCCGCACCCGGGCCGCCGCCCCGGCCCACCCGAACCGGGGCCCCUCGAACCCGGUCUGGGCGGAGGACCUCAUGUUCGUGGUGGCCGAGCCGUUCGACGACCUGCUGGUGGUCUCCGUCGAGGACCGGGUCGGGCCGGGCCGGGACGACGUGCUGGGCCGGGCCGGCUCGGGGGCCCAGAGUUGCCGGUUCGGCGCGGGCCGGGUCCACCUCCGGCUCAGCCUCGACGGCGGGUACCACGUGCUCGACGAGUCCACCGCGCACAGCAGCGACCUCCGCCCCACCGCGAAGCAGCUGUGGGCCCCGCCCGUGGGCGUGCUGGAGCUGGGCGUGCUGGGCGCCACGGCGCUCGCGCCCAUGAAGCCCCCGCGCGAGGGCAAGCCCGGGUCCUCCGCCGACGCCUACUGCGUCGCCAAGUACGCCCACAAGUGGGUCCGGACCCGCACCGUCGUCGACUCGCUCUGCCCCCGGUGGAACGAGCAGUACACGUGGGAGGUGUUCGACCCCUGCACGGUGAUCACCGUCGGCGUCUUCGACAACUGCCACGUCGACAGGACCUCCUCCUCCUCCUCAUCCUCGCCGCCUUCGCCCCGCGACGCCCGCAUCGGCAAGAUCCGCAUCCGGCUGUCGACGCUCGAGACGGAUCGGGUGUACACGCACGCGUACCCGCUCCUGAUGCUGCACCCGUCGUCGGGGUUGAAGAAGAUGGGGGAGCUCCACCUCGCCGUGCGCUUCUCCUGCGCCAACGCCGCGAACAUGCUCCACGCCUACGCGGGCCCCUUGCUCCCGAAGAUGCACUACGCGGACCCGCUCCUCGUGCGCCAGGUGGAGAACCUGCGGUACCAGGCCACCAACGUGGUGGCCGCGCGCCUGGGCCGCGCCGAGCCCCCGCUGGGCCGGGAGGUGGUGGAGUACAUGCUCGACCGCGGCUCCCACCUCUGGAGCAUGCGCCGCAGCAAGGCCAACUUCUUCCGCCUCGUCGCCGUGCUCUCCGCACCCAUCGCCGUCGGCCGCUGGAUCGAAUCCGUCCGGUCGUGGACCCGCCCCGUGCACUCCUUCCUCGUCGCGUCGGCCUACGUGUUGUUCGUGCUCUUUCCGGAGCUGAUACUCCCGACCCUCUUCUUGGCCCUGGCGGCGGCGGGGCUGUGGCGGUAUCGAUCGCGGGAGCGGCACCCCCCGCAUAUGGACGUCCGGCUGUCGUACGCGGACGCGGUGUACGCAGACGAAUUGGACGAGGAGUUCGACACGUUCCCGACGAGGAGACCGCACGACCUGGUGCGGAUGAGGUACGACCGGCUGCGGAGCGUCGCGACGCAGGGCGAGCGCGUGCAGGCGCUGCUCAGCUGGAGGGACCCGCGGGCCACGCUGAUAUUCCUCGCAUUCUGCGUCAUCGCCGCCGCCGCGCUCUACGCCGUCCCCAUGAAGGCCAUCCUCGGAAUGUGGGGAUUGUACGCGCUGCGGCCGCCGCGGUUCCGGAGCCGCAUGCCGUCGCCGUUCAUGAGCUUCUUCAGGAGGCUGCCCACCAAGGCGGAUAGCUUGUUGUGAGGAUUCAAAUUGAAGCUUCCAAACUACUUUAACUAUGCGGUUUUUUUUUAAAAAAAAAAAAAAUUUUCUUCAAUUUGGACUCCUUUAUUUUGGGAGGGUGUUCGUCAUAUAUUAUUCUGUUAUGUCUCUGUAUGGGGUAACUGGGGAGCUUUAUUUUGCAAGCUUGUUGUUGGGGGACUAGGAAUCUAGGGAAACAGUAACGGUGCCAAGUAGCAUUUUGCAUCUUUAUAUUAAUGCUUCUUUUUUUUU